AUUUCAGCCGUGCAUCUCAAAGAGCAAGAACCAAACUUGCUUCAUCAAUUUUCCUUCAUCAUUUCUUCACCAAAUCUUAUCCAAAUCACACCAAAAUUUAACUACACUUAACUAAUCACUUGGAGAGCACUUUGAGCUAGGAAAGGAGGCUGCUCUCACGGUUUUUCUUUGGCUCAAGAAGGCCGAAAAUUUCUGCCUUGAACAUCUAGUGAAGCGCACACGAGGACCUUCAAGAGGAUCCGACGGAGGACGCUUGAACUUCAAAUUGAACCUACUUGCUCUUGUUGCUUGGAAUGAAGAACGGUAAUGGAGGUCAUGCGGCUAAUGGUAACGGAGAUGCUAACGGUCAUGUGGAAUCUCUUAGACCUAUCCGAUAUCAAGUACUUGGUGGAGGACCUUGUGUUCGAUACUCACCUUUCUCUAGGUUCCCUCUUUGUCCCUGUAGGGAGACGCAUUCCUACCCUAAUGAUCUAGUACUGUCUAUUAAUGAUGAGCGCCGACAGUUAGUGAUUACUAAUAGGACACUACUUGAGGAGAUUGAGGAGUUAAGAGCUAUGGUGGAGGAUCAGGGUGCUAGGAUCUUAGAGCUUGAGGGGACAGUGAUCGAUGAGCAGGUUAGAGUUGAGGCCGCUCAUGACCAGGUUCAGAGGACUAGGGCUCGACUAGUUAGGGAAGUUGAUAAGGUCCAGGAGCGGGCCGCUGGGAUUUUAGCUGACACCACCAUGCUGAUAGAUGGGGUGGUAGGUGGAGUCGAGAGCUCGACUCAUGAGGACACUUCUGAGGAGGAGCCUUUUAAGGAGGACCCAGAAGAGGAGGUCUAAAC